GACCUGAAAGCUCGCCCCGCAUUGCCCCAGAUCCCGACAAGAUCCAUCCGCCCACAGUCCGUCGUCGCGUCGUCGCGUCUCCCCGCAUUGAACAUUUCCAACUCCCAGUCUUAUUGUCCAUGUUGAACCCGAAGCGCCAUUCCGCUCUGUAAACAAAGGAAAGAAGGAAAAAAAUGGCCUCCCAAAACUUCCUAGGCGCCUCCAUCACCGGCGGCACCCGGGAAAAGACGUACUUCGAGCAGCAGCGCGAAGCGCUAAUCGGGGACAUCGCAAAUAGCUUUGAGCAUGUGUUGGCAAACAUCAACAAGCUGAAUCGCUCGUUGGAGGCUGUUAUUACUGUUGGCAACGAAUUCUCCUCCGUCGAAGCCCUCUGGUCGCAGUUUGAGAAUGUCAUGGCGAAAGAUCCCGCAGAGGCACAGGCACAGGGACAGCAGCAGCAGCAGCAGCAGCAACAAGCGCAACAACAACAACAACAACCGGAGCAAGAAACAACAGCAAGACAACAAGAGCAGGGACAGACAACACAUGGCGAAGAAGGACAACAAGAAGAAGAUGAUACCAAGAUGGAGGUGGAUGAGGAGGAGGAUAGUAAGAUUAAGAUGGAGAGGUGAAUCGAGCACAGCACCGGCCGCGAUGAAACGACCACCGGAUACAUAACGAGAAGGGAAAACGACUGAUACGGAAGAACAAGGGGUUUGCAUGUUGGCAUGACUGCCACCGACGGAGGACACGGAACGACAUCCAAGACAACAUGUCACGUCCGAAGAAUGGACGCCGGACAGCUGGGGCGACGGGCAACGGAGACGGAAAGGGAGCGAAUGGGUGAUAUGACAACUUUGGAUUGUACGAAUAAUCACACGGAAGGAUGGAUAAGAUACCCAGACAGUAAGGACAACGGAAAAGCAAUUCAAUUCAAGUCAGAACAACAACAGCUCGGUUCACA